AUGAAGUGGUUAUUGUUCCCAGCAAGAAGCAUAGUACGCACCCGCUCCAGUUUCAUCUUGCAGCACAGAAGAUUAGUUUCACAGUACUUACGACCACGAACCAUCCAAAACUUGCAAUCAAUGGCACAAAAACCGGAACUUAAGACCAAGCUAUUCAAACCUUUGGUCUGGAUCGAUUGCGAGAUGACGGGACUAGACCAUGUGAACGACAAGAUUAUCGAGAUUUGUUGCAUCAUCACCGAUGGACGUCUAACGCCCGUCAAAGGAUCCGAUGGUCAAGGAGAGUCGCAUUACGAAAGUGUCAUUCACUAUGGCCCCGAUGUUAUGAACAAAAUGAACCAGUGGUGUAUCGAGCACCAUGGUGACAGUGGUCUCACGGCUAAAGUCUUGGCAAGCGGUAAGACCUUGGCCCAGGUGGAAGACGAGCUUCUCGAGUACAUCCAGCGCUACAUACCAGAGAAAAACGUCGGUGUCCUGGCAGGUAACAGCGUGCAUAUGGACCGCUUGUUCAUGGUCCGCGAGUUUCCCAAGAUCAUUGACCAUCUCUUCUACAGAAUUGUCGACGUCAGCAGUAUCAUGGAAGUUGCCCGUAGACACAAUCCAGCUCUACAAGCACGUAACCCGAAGAAAGAAGCUGCACAUACUGCCUACAGUGAUAUCAAAGAGAGCAUAGCUCAAUUGCAGUGGUAUAUGGAUAACUAUUUGAAGCCACCACAGGAGACAGAGUCGGUCGAGUCAAUUGAGUCUGAGCAGCAGGAGUCACCAUCUUCAUCUUCAUCUACUUCGUCUUUGAAGAGGCAACGCACCAAUUUUUAA